AUGGGAGCCGAGUUCAACUAUUCACCCAUAGAGAAGACUUGUCUUACUCUCAUCUCUGCCAGGAAGAACUUACGACAUUACAUGUUGGCACAUACUGUCCACCUCAUCUCAAGGGUAGACCCCCUCAAGUACAUAAUCACACGACCUGUACUUUCAAGGAGACUGGCUAAAUGGGCUCUCCUCUUGUUAGAAUUUGAUAUCAUCUACGUCCCACAGAAGGCCGUGAAAGGACAUGCACUAGCAGACUUUCUUGCAGAUCACCCUAUUCCAGUAGAUUGGGAACUCUCUGAAGACCUUCCUGAUGAAGAUGUUUUCUACAUAAACAUCUUACCAGCAUGGAUGAUGUUUUUCGAUGGAACAACACGCAAAGAUGGCACGGGUGCUAGUUUUGUAUUUGUCUCGCCACAAAGAGAAAUCCUCACAUACUCAUUUGUCUUAACUGAGCUUUGCUCUAACAACAUGGCAGAGUAUCAAGCUUUAAUCAUUGGCUUAGAAAUGACCAUUGACUUGGAAAUUCACUUCCUCACAGUAUAUGGGGAUUUGAAGUUGGUAAUCAACCAAUUGAAGACAAAGUAUGAGGUGCACAAGGACGACCUAGUUCCCUAUCACCAUUAUGCAAUCCAAUUGCUAAUGGAGUUGAAGCAUGCUACCAUUGAACAUGUACCCAGAAGUGAAAACGAGCAAGCAGAUGCCCUUGCUAAUCUAGCGUCAGUCUUAGCACUCACGGGUGAUGAAGCAACAACAAUACCCGUUUGUGCAAAAUGGGUUAUUCCCCCUAAGCCUUCUCAAGAAGAGACAGAACAUGAAAGUAAUGUGGUUUUUGUAUUUACUAUGGAGGUUGAGGACUGGAGGCGACCAUUCAUUGACUACUUGCAGCAUGGGAAGUUGCCUAAAGAUCCCAAGUGUAGAGCUGAGAUACGGCGUUGA